AUGGCAAGAAAGCCCAACGAAAAUCGACCAAGGAAAGAUUCCGGUGAUUCUGGCGUUUCUGGCGAUUCUGGCGACUCCGGCGACUCUGGUGUCGAUGUCAGAAGCUCGGUAAAGGCUCAAACUCUUAACCCCAUGGCAAAGGAGUUCUCAUUUAUUGUCCCCAAACAAGACCCCAUCAAAGUGGAAAGCCCCGAAGAAACGUCUAUCAGCAUUCCCCUCUCAAUGCUCAAGAAGAUAUUGGGCAGUAGUAGCCCUUCCAACAUCAUUGAUGCUCCCCCGCAGAGUCUGGACGAAAUCAUUGCCAACACAAUCCAACGAUUUGGUAUUCCCGAAGUGCGACCGCAAUACAUGUCACUGCCGGAUCCCUUUUCGACUCUCGUGAUGAGUCCGACUUUGCAGCCGCCCUUUGUCCAGCAUACUACUUCACCACCCAUAAGUCCCACUUUCGGACUCCAUAACAACUCAAUGACGUCUCCGUUUGGCAUGUUCUCACAGAUGCCGGGUGCGCCAUUGAACCCGUCUGCUGCAGGCUUCGUCCCGUUUGUUCCACCGAGUAAGGCCGGUAUUCCUCCCCGGCUACCACCAUUUGGUUCGCAGCCUAACCUGCCAGCUUCCGUUCAACCUCCGUCUAGAUACGUCCCCCAGAUGAAGAGUUGUUACAUGCCAGCUCCCGACUAUGGUCGACAGAUGGCUAACGGUCCAUCGAUGCCAGGUUCUGGAUUUAUUCCACAUCUUAACUCUUGCUUUCUCCCAGAACAACCGUCGAUGCCAAAUCAGGGCAACUUCCUCAAUUCAAACACAGCUCCUUCAUCUGUGCCCUGUAUAGGCCCAAGACCCGCUCGUAAACCGCGAGUACCUGACGCGUUUGCUCAGCAAAAUUACGAGGCUUACAUCGAAUGGCGCAAGGCGAACGAACCGGGAUAUGCUCACGAAUGCAAGGACCGGCAAUCCAGAAGGGCAAAACGGCUCAAGGGCGCCGACCCGUACCCUUGA